UGUCUCGCGAGAGUUGACAACACUGACAGCGAGAAUUUGACUACAACAAAGUAGCGUCCGUUAGCGUCCGCUCCAGUCCGCUUUUCCCGUAGGGCGACAAAGAGGUUACCGCAGUUACACGGUUUGCUGAGCUGCUGCUGCCGCCGUUGCUUUUGCUGUCGUUUUCCAAGAUGACUACCUCCUGGAGCGACCGUCUGCAGAACUAUGCCGACCUGCCGGCCAACAUGGACGGCUUGGCCAUGAAGAAGUACCGACGCCAGGCGCACCACAGAGUCUUCGUCAACCGAAGCUUGGCCAUGGAGAAGAUCAAGUGUUUCGGUUUCGACAUGGAUUACACUCUGGCAGUGUAUAAAUCUCCCGAGUAUGAGUCGCUGGGCUUUGACCUGACAGUGGAGCGCCUGGUGUCCAUCGGAUAUCCACAAGACCUGUGCAACUUUGUCUACGACCCGUCCUUCCCCACCAGAGGUCUGGUGUUUGACACGGUGUACGGCAACUUGCUCAAAGUGGACACCUAUGGCAACAUCCUGGUGUGUGUGCAAGGAUUCAACUUCUUGAGAGGACCUGACAUCAGAGAGAUGUACCCCAACAAAUUUAUUCAACGUGGAGACACGGAGCGCUUCUACAUCCUCAACACACUCUUCAACCUGCCUGAAACCUACCUGUUCGCCUGCCUGGUUGAUUUCUUCAGUAACUGCUCCAGAUACUCAAGUUGUGAGACCGGCUUCAAAGAUGGCGACCUCUUAUUGUCCUACAAGAGCAUGUUCCAGGACGUCCGGGAUGCCGUGGACUGGGUUCAUUUCAAGGGAUCCUUAAAACAAAAAACAGUUGAAAACCUGGAGAAGUACGUGGUAAAGGAUUCGAAGCUUCCUCUCCUCCUCAGUCGCAUGAACGAAGUAGCCAAAGUAUUUCUGGUCACCAACAGUGAUUACAAAUACACACAGAAAAUUAUGACCUACCUGUUUGACUUUCCUCACGGCCCAAAGCCGGGCACAGCCCAUCGGCUCUGGCAGUCCUAUUUCGACCUGAUCCUGGUCGACGCCCGGAAGCCCGUGUUCUUUGGAGAGGGAACGGUGCUGCGGCAGGUCGACACUACGACAGGUCGGCUGAAGAUCGGCACGUACACCGGAGCUCUCCAGCACGGUAUCAUCUACUCUGGAGGUUCUUCGGACAUCGUGUGCGACCUGCUGGGUGCCAAGGGAAAAGACAUCCUCUACAUCGGAGACCACAUUUUCGGUGAUAUUCUCAAAUCCAAGAAGCGUCAGGGCUGGAGGACGUUCCUGGUGAUACCCGAGCUGGCCCAGGAGCUGCACGUGUGGACCGACAAAAGCUCCAUAUUUGAGGAACUUCAGUCUCUGGAGUGUUUCCUGGCAGAACUUUACAAACAUCUGGACAGCAGCAGCAACGAGAGGCCCGACAUCAGCUCCCUGCAGAGACGGAUUAAGAAAGUGACUCACGACAUGGACAUGUGCUACGGCAUGAAUGGGAGUCUGUUCCGCAGCGGCUCCCGUCAAACGCUGUUUGCCUCCCAGGUGAUGCGCUACGCCGACCUGUAUGCCGCCUCCUUCAUCAACCUGCUCUACUAUCCCUUCAGCUACCUGUUCAGAGCUGCACACGUGCUGAUGCCUCACGAGUCGACGGUGGAGCACGCCCACGUCAGUGUCAUCGACACAGAGUCGCCGCUGGCCACGCGCAACCGCCACGAGACGGACUUCAACGAGAUGGAGUGCAAGCGGCACCAGCUGACGCGAUCCAUCAGCGAGAUCCAGCCGCCGCACUUCUUCCCCCAGCCGCCGCAGGAGAUCACCCACUGCCACGACGAAGACGAUGACGAGGAGGAAGAAGAGGAGGAGGAGGAGGAGGAGGAGGAGGAAGAAGAGGAGGAGGAGUAAAUGAAGGAGUGGAGUUGGCAGAUGAAUUUUGUUCUUAGUUUUAAUCUGAUUUAAAUGUUUGAAGUUCUUAUUUUCUUUUGAUAAUAUCUACAGGGCUGAUUAUAUUGUAUCUUGUUGAUCCAUUUCUACAUGUACUGUAGAAGAGCAGGUAUCCAGGACCUGGACCUGGUCUUCUUCAUGUGGACUCAAGAGGUCUCACAUCCUCCCUGGUAACUGUAUUAUAAAGUGAGCGUAGAUUCCUGAAGAAGAUCUACCUUACUCAGGUAUAGCAGCUGUUGGAUCCUCCCUAGUUCUGCUGGGCUUUAAUUUGUUCUUAAUUCGGUUUAUUAAUUUGCACUGUGAACAGUUCACUGUCCCGCUGCUCACUCCUGCACCGUGCAGUUCCUCUAACUUUAAAAAAAAAAAAAAUGCGCCUAAGGGGAAGAGGUUAAUCUUUACCCAGCUUCGAAAAAGAAAAAAUGCACUGUGCAUUUUUGGAACCAUUAUUUAUUUUUUCAAAUGUAGGGAUGUGGUGACAUGUUUUGUAUUUUCUUAAACAGAUCAAACGGUUUGUUAUUUUAAACACGGGAGUGUGAGAUGUUGUGUUGAGCAACAAAUUAAAAUGUUUGCAUCAUGGAGAAGUCAGAAGUGAAGCUGCUGUCAUUACAUGGUCACGUGAUCACAUGAUCACAGAUUCACUUCUUCCAUCUCCCAGUUCUUCCUGUUGAACAAUAGAAACAGGGUCCUCAACCGAGCACACGCGCGUGAGGGAGAAUGUUGGUCUGACAGGCAUGAAAGUGGUGGACGAGGUGAUGAGGCUCACGUCUGACAGGAAAAAUAAAAACCAGAACGUUAUUUAACUUUGAUAAUUGUUACAAGACAAGUCCAUGUCUUAUUAUUUUAUAUUCUGAAACGGGUUUAAAUUACAUCUAUGGUAUUGUGAGAAAGUCAUAAUUCUGGGGAGUUCAAACAAUAUAGAUUAAAAAAUUCGACAUGGUCACAGUUAGAAUAAUCUCAUUAUUAUGAGACGGUAAGCAAGUCGAGAUGUAGACUUAACUAUUGAUUGUUAUGAUUAAUGUUCUUAUUAUGAAUAGGUUUGACAAACGUUCGAUUUAUUUUUUUAAUGUAGAAUUUUUGUUGUCUUCCUCAUGAGACUAUGAAUCUGAAUGAUUCAAAACCAUGACUUAGUAAUAUAAUUCGUCAUCAAGAUGAUUCUUCAUCUUACGACCUGUAAGAAUUUGGAUUAAAAAGUCCAUAUCUAGAUGAGACGAUUUUGACAAACACACGUGCGUGUGUGCGUGUGUGCGUGUGUGCGUGUGUGCGUGUGCGCGUGUGUGCGUGUGUGCGUGUGUGUGUGUGUGCGUGUGCGUGUGCGUGCGUGCGUGCGUGCGAACCUGCUGAUGAUCAGGUGUGUGUGUGCUGUUAACACGCUGUUACUGUUAAUCAUGGGUCAGGUGAAGUGUGUGCUACGUCUGCGCACUUAUCUCACCACAAACAUCAGAGUUGAUCCGGCUGUUUUCUCGAUUAUUUUGUUACUACUCUGAUUUUUAAGUCUUUAUGAAACCCUGACUCUCAGUAUUGAUCUUUAGAGGAGAUGGAACUGCUGCUGCCCCUUUUCACCGACUGCGUGAUUCUUCUCUUCGUGUUCACACAGAAAGUCACAGAUCUGCUUUUUGUCCUGUGAGGACUCCCGAGCUGUCUCUUUUUCUUUUCCUCUCCUCUUGUUGUUGUUGUUGUUGUUGUGGGUCAAAGUGUAAAUUUCCCGCUGGCGGUGAUGAGGAUCUCUGCUCAAGCGGACACUUGGUUUGUUUUUUUGCUUUUACUUCUGCUCCGUUUGCACCUUGAGAUAUUUAUGUUGUUGUUGAGUAUGGGAGCAAUAGAAGACUCGGACUGUAUUAUUCUGCUACUGCUGGAAACACAGAGGUUUCACAGGGAGGAGGCCUCGUUCCAAAGUGAGCAGUUACCGCCGAUUUCAGAACUGCUGUGCCGCCUGUGUUAAUGACGGGGAUUUAAAUGUGUCACAUUGAACCUAAGUCAUGUUUUGUUUUUUGUUUUUUAUCAACAACAUGCAUGUUUUUUAAUCUGUUGAAAAGUGAAGAUGAUUUUGAGUCAUGACUGAUUUGUAAUAAAAUUUCUGAUCUGA